AUGCCCCCCACACUAGUGACUCCCAGAUACGUGCUUCUGAUCCUCACACUUUGUGGCCUUUCCCUUCUCUCGCUCAUUGCAUUCAGCUUUUUAGAGCAACUAGACGGCCCGGACUCGGCCAAAUGUCGCAGCGUCUACAUGUCGCCGGCCUACGCCCGAGUCCAUGGCUUUGAUGAGUCUCAUACACGGUUUGCCUCCAAAUACUCCCUAUAUCUCUAUCGAGAACAAGGCAGAGACACUCUUCCUAACAAUGACGGUCAGAGCCUGAGAUUGACUGGCACUCCCGUGCUCUUUAUUCCCGGAAAUGCGGGUAGCUACAAGCAAGUGCGGUCUUUGGCUUCCCAAUCAGCCAACUCAUAUUACACAGAGCUCGAGAAGUUCAAAGAGCUUAAUCCCCAUGUGAACAGCCUCGAUUUUUUCGCCGCAGAUUUCAAUGAGGAUUUCACAGCAUUUCACGGUAGGACCAUGCUGGACCAGGCUGAGUACCUCAACGACGCAAUAGGGUUUAUUUUAAGCCUCUAUCGACAUAACCCGACUCCGGCGCGGUCUGUGAUACUAGUCGGGCACUCAAUGGGAGGGAUUGUGGCCAGAGUGAUGCUAAGUCUCCCUAAUUAUGUGGAAGACUCCGUCAACACGAUAAUCACAUUAGCCGCCCCCCAUGCGGCGGCUCCCGCGACCUUCGAUGCAGAGUUGUUGCACGUCUUUGCGGCCACAGACGAUUUCUGGCGUCAUGGCUUUGUCAGUCUGGACUCGGACGACUCAGGAUUCAGCAAGAUUGCACGAAGGAGACUGGAGAACGUGUCACUUGUGUCCAUAACAGGUGGGCUUCUUGACAACAUGCUUCCUGCAGAUUACACUUCGUUGACGGGACUAGUGCCCGAGACCAAUGGGUUUACGAUUGCUACCACCGGUAUCCCUGGAGUUUGGACUCCAAUCGAUCACCUCGCUAUUGUGUGGUGCGACCAGCUUCGCAAGGUUAUAGCUAGUUCUCUACUGCAGUUGGUUGACAAAACAUCCGUAUCGCAGACGUACCCGCUCCAAAAGAGGAUGGAGAUUCUGCGCAAAAACCUUUUCACAGGCUUUGAAGCUGAUGCUACCCAGGAUUUUGACUCGUACAAAGCCGGCGCAGGUAAAUUGGAUUUGCCAUAUAAGCUCAAGAUCGACACGAAGCAGUUCAAGGACACUUCCAGACAGCGCAAUUUGCAACUUCCUAACUCCAAGCUGAAAAGGGACUUGCUCUCAUCUCCAGACAUGCACUUGUUUUAUAUUCCGAAAGAUGGGCUCAAAUUUAAAUUCAAUUUUCUGAGUUCGCUGAAGCCUGUGGAUAUAUCUCGUUUAGGCGAAGGCCUUGCAUCGCCAUCUAUACUGCUGUGCAGAACUUUGAAUCCCGAUGGACGGUCUUUCAAAGAAGAGUUUGAUUACACCACCGGUACAACAAGUAAGGCAGUUCAAUUAGAAUGCAUAGAUAUUCAUAGAGACGCUCACGAGAUCCCAAGGUCCUAUAACGACUCCAUAUCUUCUAGUGAGUCGUCGCUGGGCGGAGAAAAACGGCCGUUUUAUUCGAUUCAGCUAGACUCCCGAGUGCUCUCGAUGUUUGAUGCUGUGGUCAUUGCUGAAUCGCCAGUGCCAGUGGAAAGUCCAGAAUUUGUUCUUGCAGACCUGGAGCUCACUCAGUCCACAGAUCUUGUCUUGGGAGACUACAGCUUAUGGACGCUAUUGAGUAGAGGAUACGAUAUCACUUUGCCUGCUCACAGGCCUUUGUCAAUUAGCAUCAAGAUCCCUUCUGCCUGGUCCAGUCUACUUGCAUACAACUUUGAUAUACGUUAUCAGCAGUCGCAGAUGGAAAGAUUCUCGCCCAUGAUCAGCCAGAGAAUCAGAGACGAAACUAAAUGGCAUAUCAAUUUGCAUCAGGAUAAAUCGAUAACUGCAUUAAUUCAGGGAAUUUCUCCAUACUGCCCUUUCACUAGAGAUGAUACGUCGUCGUUGGAAUUGCAACUUUUCAGUGAUUCCUUGGCUUCUGACCAGAUUAUGGACAUCUAUUUGACCGUGAACUGGUUCAAGUCGCUAAAAUUAUUGGUCCUCAAAUACAGGCUUUCAAUUUUUAGUUUCCCGGUUUUUAUCACGACGUUAGUCUUUUUCCUGCAAUUCAGAAAGUACAUCAAAGAAGACGUUUUCCCUUCUUUCGGGGAAGGGUUGCUGAUGCUCUGUGAUCCACAUAUGCUCUUCCCAUUGGCUUUAGUACUGAGUGUUUUGUCUUCGUUUGCCUCGCACAGGUUUUUUCAGAAGCUUUUGAGUUACAUCGACCCCGUGGACUUUGGAAACAAAACGCUCAUGCAUGAAAUAGCAAAAUCGGACGUUUUUGUUAACCUCUACUUUUUGGGUCUCGAAGAAAAAGCACUCUGGUUUUUUGGGCCUGUGGUAUUGGUGAUUUCGUUGUCGUUGGUAUGCGCAUUUUAUAACCUUCUUCAAGUUUUGCUUUGGACGAUUGUUAUGGUUAUGCGCAAAUUGCAUUUCCCCUGUCUUUUGAAACCCGGCAUGUCUGGCAAUUACAAUAAACGUCGUGCAUUGGGUACUGCAUUGAUUUUAACUCUUGUGCCCCUAUACAUUCCUUACCAAUUUCCCUAUGUCGUUAGCUGUUUGGUACAAUGCACGGUCGUGAUACGUGCGUUCGUGACCAGCUCGGGCCAGAAACACGUCUCUGUGGAGAAUUUCCGCAACUUCAAUUUUUCGCUGCUCAUUUUAAUGCUGUGGAUUUUACCGGUGAAUAUUCCAGUGCUAAUUGUCUGGAUCCACAACUUCUCGCUACGUUGGGCCACACCAUUUUCUUCGCAUCAUAAUUUCCUAGCCAUUAUUUCUAUCGUGUUCCUUGUGCAGAACAACGUCGCUGGCAACAUCAUUCCUAGGCCAACUUCUGCGGUCACCAUCUUUGUUACCAAGUUUGUGAUCAUAUACUUUUCGUUAUGUUCACUCAUUUACGGCACACGCCACCUAUUUUGGUUGCAUUAUCUGUUCAACUUCUUGUGCGCUUGGCUGCUCUGCUUGCUUUUGGAGGACGUUUGGAAAAAACAGGUGAAAAACGUCACCAUGUUCAAGAAGGAAGACACACCCUCAAAACUAAACUAG